UCAAAUCCAAGUUUACAAUGUGUGGAAUUUGCUGUAUGGUCAGCUUAUCUGCUCCUGCCCCUCAAAAUAGUAUCUUUGAAAAAGAUAUCCUAAAUAAUCUUAAAAGAAGAGGGCCUGAUAGAAGCCAACAACUGGAAAAGAUUGUGUUUCAUCCUCCAUAUUGGUGCUUAUUUUCUGGCCAUGUACUUCACUUAAGGGGGCCAAUGACUCCACAGCCGGUGGAAGACUCUGGUAAUGUAUUCCUUUGGAAUGGAGAGAUCUUCAGUGGAAUUUCUGUAGAAAAUGAAGAGAAUGACACUCAAGUUAUUUUUCGGCAACUCUGUUCUUGCAAUAGUGACUCUGAUUUUUUGACAGUGCUGUCCUCCAUUCAGGGCCCAUGGUCUUUUAUUUUUUAUCAGGCAUCCAGGCAUUGCUUAUGGUUUGGCAGGGACUACUUUGGCCGUCGAAGUCUGCUGUGGCAAUUUAAUAAAGACACUGACACUGUCCUUGUUCUCAGCUCUGUUAGCUCUGUCUCUAAUAAUCAAUGGUUGGAAGUUCCAGCAUCAGGAAUUUUUCAGAUCGAUCUGCAGGACUGUGUUGCACUUAAAUCUAUUACUUUAAUGUUACAUCCUUGGAAAUUUCCUCCCACACAAAAUAUAGUUGAAGAAAUAGUCACUGAAGUUAUAAACAUAGUUUCUAAAUCUUUACCUGCUUAUGUGUCUUUUGUCAUGAAUAAAUCCACUUCAUUGGUAGCCCCCAUCAUUCCUUUAAAUAAGGAAAUUUCUGACAUGACAAUGGAAUCCCAAUUCUUUAGUUUUCCCUCAAUUGUAGCUGAUGUGGAAGUUCUUCAGAAAUUUCUUGCAGAACAUCACAAGAAGAAAAGAGCCCAUCAAUUUAUUGAUGUAUUGAGUAGAGCUGUAAAGAAACGAGUAUUAUGCCUAAUGAGAAACACUGAUCCAUUCAGAGAAGUAUCAGACACAGAUCUGAAGAAAUCCCAUAUUGCAGUACUUUUUUCUGGUGGCAUUGAUUCCAUGAUUAUAGCAGCCCUUGCUGACAGGCAUGUUCCCUUGGAAGAACCAAUUGAUCUUCUCAAUGUGGCCUUUGAGAUUACAGGUCAAGGUAACCAAAACAGUUCCAUUAAGAAAUACAACAAAAAGAAGAAACAAUUUCACCCUUGUCAGGAAUGUCUAAACAUCAACAAUAUUGUGACCAGUGACUCUUCCCUUUCUUUUAAUGUGCCUGAUAGAAUUACAGGCAGGGCAGGAUUAGAAGAACUAAAAAUCAUUAAUCCUUCAAGAACCUGGAAUUUCGUGGAAAUCAAUGUUACACUUGAGGAUUUAAAAGCAGUGAGAGUGAAACAUAUAAGACACUUAAUUUAUCCACUGGAUACUGUUUUGGAUGACAGUAUUGGUUGUGCUGUGUGGUUUGCUUCCAGAGGAGAAGGUCUUCUUACCAAUCAGGGAGAUGUUCAACCAUAUAAAAGUCCAGCAAAGAUUGUACUUACAGGAAUUGGAGCAGAUGAACAACUUGCAGGGUAUUCCAGACACCGUGCUUGCUUCAAAAAAAGUGGUUUUGAGGGUUUGAGUGAAGAAUUAAGAAUGGAACUAAGUCGUAUUUCUUCUAGGAAUCUUGGUCGAGAUGAUAGAGUUAUUGGAGAUCAUGGUAAAGAAGCUAGAUUUCCGUUUCUUGACGAAGAGGUUGUAUCUUUCCUUAACUUGCUUCCUGUAUGGGAAAAAGCAAACUUGGCUCUACCUCGUGGGAUUGGGGAAAAAUUGCUCUUGCGUCUAGUAGCUGUUGAGCUUGGUUUGACAGCCUCUGCUGUUUUGCCAAAGCGGGCCAUGCAAUUUGGUUCUCGGAUUGCAAAAAUGGAGAGCACCAGUGAAAAGGCAUCUGACAAAUGUGCAAGACUCCAGUCAGCUUCAAGAGAAUAAUUGUGUUUAUAGUCCACAGCUACUUUUUCAAGAAGCAUAAUUUUAUAGUGAGCAAACUUCAAACGACUUUGUAUACAGUUAAGCUAAGACUGUGAUUCUGCACAUUUAACUGGAAAUAAUCACCAGCAAUUUCAAGUUAUUUCUUAAAUUGUUAUACAUAGGAGCAGGGACUUCCCAUUAAGGUAAGAAUUACAGUUAAGUUCUGCUAAUAACAUAAUAAUACGUUAUUAGCAAAACUAAUAACUAAUAAAAAGUGUAUCACAGUUUUUAUCAUAGCUAUUUAGAUUAUCUGUAAUAAAUUUUAUGGGAUACAUUUUUGUGCCAUGGAUGUUAACUGAAAUAAACUGUAUUUAUUAAAGAAGCAUAUUAGCUGCUGCUUCAAAGAAAUUUUAAUCAAAUCAGAUUCUACCCUUGUUUAGGUUCCACAGUAGAAACUUGAAAAUACUCAAGUGAUUAAGAGAUAAUAGGUCUGGACUCUUGGUUGGAAUAAAGGGGCUGGGGAUAUAUUGUAAUAUUUUGUUUUAUGACCUAUUUGUAAUACUACAUUCACAACCUGCAUCAGAUCCGAGACCCAGAGAGUCAAGUAUAUUAAUAAAGCUUAACAAUUUGUCUUCUUGUUUCUCAUCUUUAAAUAAUAUAUUCACAGCACACAAAUUGUAUGCUUAUACAGACCUGCUGCUAUUCUGUAUCUGGACAUAAAACCUUGUGAAGUCAUGGUGGCAUAAACAUUUGGAGGCUACAGUCAACUAUGUCAUUUGGAAGACUGUUUUCUUAUGCCAUAAUAAAUGUUUCAGUCUUUAAAGUGACGCUACUUUUUACUUAAUGCAACAACAAUAGAGAAAUUCAAACUACAAAGAGUAAAUAAAGCAUUUGUCAUCUU